GUUGCAGGGCAACUAUGUCGCCUUGAAAGUUACUUUUGUCCUUCAAAUAAUGUAUGUGGGAUACUUUUUGGAUAAAGAAAGCAAUAUGUAUCACCAAGGACCUGUAAGACGAUCCAGCAUUAAUAUCCCUCCACAGAACUUUGUUUCUACUCAACAAUACUCAGAUUUUACUGGAUAUCAUCAUGUACCAAACAUGGAUACGCACGCACAGUCUUCGGGAGCUUGGGGAGCUCCAUAUGGCGCACCGAGGGAGGACUGGGGAGCGUAUGGUCUUGGGCCACCUAAUGCUAUUCCUACGCCUAUGAACAACUCCUCUCCGGGACAAGUUUCUUAUUGCUCUCCCGAUUACAAUCAGAUGCACGCUCCGGGGUCAGCAGUAUUACAACCACCACCUGAAAAUAUUUCCGUUGCUCAAUUGUCGCCCGAUAGAGAAAGGCGCAAUUCAUACCAGUGGAUGAGCAAAACUGUGCAAUCAUCUUCCACUGGCAAAACUAGAACGAAGGAAAAAUACAGAGUGGUUUACACUGACCACCAGAGACUGGAGCUGGAAAAGGAGUUCCAUUUCAACAGAUACAUAACAAUCAGGCGGAAGUCAGAACUUGCUGUCAACCUUGGCCUCUCGGAACGACAGGUGAAGAUCUGGUUUCAAAACCGUCGAGCGAAGGAGAGGAAAUUAAUAAAAAAGAAAAUGGGCCAGUGUGACGGAAGCGGAGGAUCAGUGCACAGUGACCCAGGUUCAGUGAGUCCUCUGCCAGUGCCGGGAUCACUCAGUCCAUCGGAUAUUCACGGCACUCUUUACCCGCCCCCCGGGAUGAACACCUUACCAUCUAUCAGGAACGUACAACAAGUUACUGUCACCCAGUAAAUUCGUUUUUGAACCAUCCAACAUAACUGAGCACUCCGACAAGCUGAAAGGACAGUUCUACCAAACUUGG